GUGUCAUGCCUGCGUUCUGUCUCAUGUGGAUGGCAUGUCGUCGCCUACAUCAUCCCAAACCGGAGGACCAGGAGCAGCGCCCAAAUCUGCCUUGGCGCUGUCGUUUGAUGCUGCCAAGCAAGUGGAGGAAUAUAUCAAGGUUUCCAAGGAGACGAGUUCAGUGGCAUUUGAGUUGGCUUGCAUAGCCCAAGACCUUGGAUCUUUGUGGCCCAACAAGUACAAUGAUGAGAAAAGCACCGUGGCAGAUCAGCUGAUCAAGGACAUCGUGGGAGACAGGAUCCCCUACACAUUUGGCAAGAGAGCUUCUGACACCAUCCCUGAAGGCUUGGCAGCGUUGGGCCAAUUCUUUGCUGAGGACCCACGACACUUUGGUGUCCGGCUGUCGGCCCUCUACACCGGCAGCAAUUUAAUCCAGGAGCGGAAGAGAGUGGUACCGGUGCAAAAAGAUUUGGAGAUGGAGAGCGAGGACUCGUCUUCCGACUCCUCUGCAUGGAGCACUUCAAGCGAGGAGUCUGCCAACAGCCUAGAAAGUGAAGAGUUGGAUGAUUUUGAUGCCCAAAAAUGGCACCUUGUGGUGGAUGAAUUGCUGGAGCGCAUCCAAAGCAAGAAAGAGUGGGAGACAAUGGCAAAGCUACGGGAAAUGUACGUAUUUAAAGAUUCAGAACGUGCUGCCGAUAUUGUUCACGUGGAGGCCUUGGCAGAGCUGAAUGACGAAGAGUUGCGGGGCUUCGACAAAACUAGAGAGGAGUUGGAGACGCAGGUUGAGGUAAAGCAACUCGACCUGCUGCAAACACUCAGCACCUUCAACAACUCCUUAAAAGUGACCACUCAGGAGAUAAUUAGAAGAAGAAGAGCAAGGGCGAAGGCCGCAGCUCGAAAGCGAUUUAGCUUUGCCAACAUGGAUGAGGUCGUCCUGGUGGAGAAGGACGAGAAGGUGGACGAGGAAGACGAUGAAGAAGAGCAGCGAAAGAAAGCAGCGGAGGAGGAGCGUGCAAAGAGAAGCAAAGCUGGAGAACUCUUGGCGCACAUCUCCACACUACAACAAAGCAUGAAUGAUUUGGUCAGCCACACUCAUCAGCGGAAGCUUACAUUGGACGUACACAACGAGGCUUCGACGUACUUGAGGCUUGCGAUGGAGGCUACUGAAGGAGGCACAGAACUACCAACUGCGACAGAGGAGGUCCAUGAGCUUCUGAAGAGUAUGCAGAAGGAGGCACGGGAGGCCUUCGAGGUAGAGAAAAAAGCAGCCGAAGACGUACGCCUCCAAGAAGUAGCACGACAAGAGAAGGUUGAGGAUGUCUCGAAGGACCAUCUUGCAAAGUUGUCGCCGGAUGAACUCAAGGUGAUGCUUACAAGAUCUGAAGACGAUGUUCAGCUUCUUCACAAGAAGGCAGAGGAGCUGGAACAGGCCAGGAUUGCUCAGGCCAAAGGCGGUGCUGACCGGAUUCAGAAAGCACAAAAAGCAGUGCAAAUGGCACAAACUGCUGCGGCUUCGGGGAAAGGAGAUGGUCCUUCAGACUCUGGCAAGAACAUAAGUCGCGCGCUGGAGCCAGACGUCAAUCGUAAGCACCACCAAGAGGAAAAGAUACCACCUCAUCAACUGCUUUCGAAGUUGGAAGAUCAGAUUCCAGCUGCAAAGAAGGUUCUGGAGGAACUGCAGCUGCACCAUGACAAGUUCAUGAAGAGCAUUGAGAAGGCGCAACAGUUGCGGGAGCAACUGUCUGUGGACCCGCGAAUCCUUGAGAGACGAAUCAGUCAGACGCAGGUCAAUCCGGUGCAAGCUCCUGCCACACAGUCCCCCCAAAGUGGGUCGAGAGUACGCACUGAACAAGCACAGAAGCCAAAGGAGUCCAAGCCAACCAAGGUCGACAGGGCCCCUGCAAGAGUGGUUGCCAAGAAGCCUUCGCCCGAAGAACUUCAGCUUCAGGAGGAGUUUCAACAACUUGAGAAGGAAGUGCAGCAGUCCAGAGAGAAGGUACAAAGACUUGCCCAGCAUUUUUCCAAGGUCAUGGAAACAGAGGUGAGCACAGAAAGUCUCAGCGAGGAUCUCACAUCGGCGCUUCUUGAAGACAAGAAGUCCGAGCACCAGAAGAAACAGGACCACAUUUCGCAGUUGCGGGAAGAACUGACAAAUCUCCGCGGCUCUGUGCCGCCUGUGCUGGAGCACACAAGCUCUGGCCCUGUCGGAAUCCUUAAGAAGAAUAAAGACAGUGAAGGAGGCAAAGGGAAGGUGGAAGUCAGCAUUGCAGCAAACCCAAGCGCAAAUCUGGCACAUCGGCGAGCCUCUCAAAUGGAUCCGCAAUCAAUGUUGGACGAUCUCCGGAACAAGCAGAUCGAUCCUGAGCUUAUGCAGGAACUUUUGAAUGCACAAGGUGAAAAUCUACAAAUUCAAGAGCAGCUUACUACCAUGGAGGACUUGAUCAAAGUCAUCAGGAACAAAGGGAAUGAUCUCACACCUGAAGAAAGGCAGAAGAUCAAGGAGCUCUUUGGAAAGACUGAGCAAAACGAUCAGAGCGCGAAGGGGCGUGAGCUGAAAGAAGAGAAGAAGAAAGUACGCGAGCUGCAGAAGCAGGUCAAUGAGCGGCGAUCGGAGUGGAGCGACAUUGAAGGAGCCUCGAAAGCUUCGCGGGGCUUGGCAGAAGGCAAUGGUGAGCUCCUAAAGAAGGUUCCCAUGGUAAAGGCGGCGUAUGUACACACUGGUGACAUUGAGGACACAGGCGCUGGAAGUAAGGAGAUGGAGAUGGAGACGCUCCAGGCGGCUGCAGCGAUGGCACGCACAGAAGCCGAGCAAAGGCGGCGAUACUCUGAGAUUCUCCGCCUCCAGACGGACAACACGCCUGCUCGGAGUCGGCGUUUCUCAGGGACGCCACGCAGACCAGUAAGCGAUACAAGCCCAACAAGCAGGAGCAGCAACGCGGAUGUGCGCAGCUCGGAACAUGCACAGAGUCCGGACUUGGAGGUGGAUGAACUGAUGGACGAAGUGCCGCCCGAUUUGCCACCCAGUCUGCCCACGGAGCAAACAUCUCCCACAAGUCCUGGGCAAACAAAGAAAGGACCAGGAACACUUCGAACUCAGCGCCGCAGAAGCAGUGCUGGCCGACUCUCAGGUACUGGUGGCUUCUGGCAGGACAACAUGCAGGUUCCAUUCCAAGUGGCCGUGAACAUGAGACGAAGACAUAGCUUGGCGGCAGGCGUGAGAGCUGCGCAACAACACAGUGGCCCCGGCCUACCAUUGAUGAUUGCUGGAGGUAGAUCAGAGGGGCAGCAAAGUGGCAUGGCUGACAGAUCGGUCAUCAAAACCAAAUCCUUGGCGCACUGAACCUUUCACCACGGAGGGCCAGUGUAUGAUGCAAGCGUGGGGAAGAGGAAACUGGAUGAUGCUGGUGAAGGGCUGACGUUGAAGAUGCAGUCAAUCUCCUGAGCUUGUCAGUGUCUAUAGACUAGUUUCCAAGCCGAGUGAUAUGGAUGUC